GUACAUGUCGUACAGCAAGUAAUUAACUCCCUGCAGUACAACCACACUCCCGGUUAUUACUACAACGUAUCCAAGUCGCGGCCUUUCUCCCGCAUCAUGGACACCGCCAGGGAGGCGCUGAGGGUGGCAUUGCCCAUCAAAUGCCUCGAGGCUGUGUUUCUUGGCGCGCUGCUCACUGCCGGGUGGCUGGAUCUGGACAGGCUGCCGCUGGCAUUCAAGAGCACCGUACAGGGCCAGACGUACCGGCACAUCGUGUUGGUGGUGUACCACGCCCCCAGUCGCAAGUGGGGCGCGCUUGGGCUCAGCCGUCGGCCCGAGCUCAUGGACAAGGAGCUGGUGUACGACAGCCUGGCAGGCAGGAUC